CCAGACAAACAAGACACCGAAGGGUUUCGAGAUAAUGUCAGCGAUUUGGUCCUGGCACUGAGACUCAUGAACGUCUGGACUUCCCUUCCUGUUCGCCGAGUGGGGCCAAUUGACUCUGUUUUCGGGGCUCGAAACAUGAAGGUGUCGACACUUUGUAACUCCAUUCACUACCAUACUGCUGAUGGUCAACAGCCACCCAGGUGUCAAGACUCUAGCUUCCGGUCGUUGAGAUGAGCCUGGAGCUUCUACGAGACGUCGGCAAGCUUAGGAUCGAGUGGACUGAAUUUCUCGAUCAACACCUACGCUUGGACGUGGGGAGUGCAACGCUGCAAAUAUUCUGGUUUGGAUUCUCGAUCCAGGCCAGCCCAAUGUUCCAUGUGGGAUGCCAGCAGUAUCACAAUAUGUACACUGCGAAGUCCUGCCAUCAGUGGGACCUCUUUCGAAGUCCCGUCUUCGACGAGCUCUCGGAUACUUAUUCCCUGCUCUUUCGCUCACAUCGAGAUACGUACAAGGAGAAUGUAAGAGAAUAUGGUCGACUUCCCGCCCCUCUUUGGCUCAAGAUCUGCUAUGGAGACGAAAAAGGAAACUUGUCAGAACGAGUAGUCAAAGAUUUGUCUUGGUUCUUGCACCCAAAGCGCCCACGGGUCAGUGACAUUGAAUAUCAUCUACAGAAUGCAGACAAAAUACUCCUGCCGACUCAGCCUUUCGAGAGGUAUCUUAUCUGGGGAGAUCGGCUCAAAGAGUUGAAGGCAUACAUGGAUAGCCAGAAACCGGGUGGGAUACGGGGUCUGUGGGCAGACAAACGAGACAGUGGACAGUGGUACACAUUCUGGGCUGUCAUAAUCAUUGGAGGCCUUGGACUCUUGGUAUCUUUCCUGGGGUUGGUUGCGGGAAUAGUACAGGCAGUAGCAAGUUUCAGAGCUCUGCAUGACUAGCAUGGUAAGGAUAUGAAAGUGCAAGGGCUGUUCUCGUAGUCACCGAGCUUGUUUCCAGAAAAAGUGGCACAGUCUGACCGCUGUAGCUGGUCAGGUUCAAAUCGAUACCAUCCUUAUUGUCAUCCCAGAGGC